UUAUUUGAUUUAUAUGAAAACUAUUAGUAUCAUGUUGAUUUGUUAGUCACUUUGAAAAUUAUUAGUUGUAAAUCCAUAGUGACAUAACAAGUUAGCAUAUUGUGAACAGUCUUGUAAGAUCUAGGACAUCAUGGACACUUUACUAUAAAAGUUAUGAAAUUUCUAGAUAUAUACAUGCAUUGCUAAAUUUAUUAACAUGAAACAGAGUAUGGGAAUUCCUGAACAUCGAAAAUGGAUGUAUAAAAGACUUACUUCCCAAUCGGGCAGGAAUGAGAACUGAAUUUGUUAGUGGUGUUAAGAAUUUUAUAGAACAAGCAAUUAGGAAACCUGAGUUUACAGAUAAUGGGGGUAAGCUUAGGUGUUCUUGCAGUAAACAUAGAAACAUAGAUUUCUUAACUCCAGGUGAGGUUACCCUUGAUUUGUAUAAGCAUGGUUUCCAACCAAGCUAUUGGUGUUGGGAUUCUCAUGGGGAGAGUUCUUUAAGCUCAGGUAGUAGAAAUGCAAAUAACGUGAACAGAGAAAGCACUUGUAACCAGCCGUCAAGUUUUGAGUCACAAAGAAAUAACUAUGAGGCUAUGAUUGUUGAUGCUAUUAGGCCAGAAAAUUUGGACCAAUUUGAGCCACAACAGGAGGAACCUCCAAACAGGGAAGCCAAACUCUUUUAUGAUUUGUUACAAUCUGCGCAACGACCAUUGUGGGAGGGUUGUGAUACCCACUCUGAAUUAUCUAUGGCGGUUGAACUGUUGACUAUUAAAUCUGAGGGGAAUAUGUCUCAAAAAGGAUUUGAUAAGCUACUAAAAACUAUGAAGAAGGGUAUGCGUAAGGAUAACUGUCUCGUCCCUAAUUUCUACUAUGCAAAGAAGUUGGUAUCAAAGCUUGGAAUGGAAAGUAAAGUAAUAGAUUGUUGCAUCAACGGUUGUAUGUUGUACUACAAAGACUACGAAAUGGCAAAAGAAUUUCGGUUCUGCCAUGCUCCAAGGUAUAGGGUAGGUAAAGGGGGUAAAGAGUUAGCUUUGAAGAGUAUGCAUUAUCUAUCGAUCACACCAAGGUUAAAGAGACUAUACGCGUCAGAAAAUUCUGCACGCCAUAUGAGAUGGAAUUAUGAGCACCAACAAGUUGAGGGUGUCCUUGAACAUCCUUCUGAUGCAAAAGCAUGGAAGCAUUUUGAUCAAAAGUAUCCAGGAUUUGCUUCUGAAUCACGCAACGUAAGACUUGGAUUAUGUUCUGAUGGAUUUACUCCUUUUGGUCAAUCUGCUUCUCCAUAUUCAUGUUGGCCUGUAAUAGUGACUCCAUACAACCUCCCUCCAUGGAUGUGUAUGUCUACUCCUUAUUUGUUUUUGACAAUGAUCAUUCCCGGCCGUAGAAAUCCCAAAAGUAAGAUAGAUGUGUAUUUACAGCCGUUCAUUGAUGAGUUAAAGUCAUUGUGGGACGAGGGUGCUUUAACCUAUGAUGUUUCCAAAAAACAAAAUUUCGUAAUGAGAGCUGCUUUAAUGUGGACAAUUAAUGAUUUUCCAGCAUAUGGAAUGUUGUCAGGAUGGAUGACAGCCGGAAAAAUGGCAUGUCCUUGUUGUAUGCAUCACACAAAAGCAUUCCGAUUGGAGAAUGGUGGUAAGUCAUCAUGGUUUGACUAUCAAAGAAAAUUCUUGCCAAGUGAUCACCCAUUUAGAAGAAAUAAGGAUGGAUUUUAUAAGAAUAGGGUUGUGAGAUCAGAACCGCCUCCUAGGUUGACCGACGAACAAGUAUGGAAUGAAGUUCAGACAAUGCCAAUGAUAAUGGACAAUAUUGAUGAAGUUCGAAUUCCAGGUUAUGGAGAUAAACAUAAUUGGAAAAAACGAAGCAUUUUUUGGGAAUUGCCUUAUUGGAGCACUAACUUGAUUCGACACAAUCUUGAUGUCAUGCAUAUUGAGAAAAAUGUAUUUGAUAAUGUGUUUAAUACUGUUAUGGAUAUCAAAGGAAAAACUAAAGAUAAUAUAAAGGCAAGAAUGGAUUUGAAGUUGUAUUGCAAGCGCAAGGACUUAGAAUUACUUGAACACAGUAAUGGGAGGACCAUAAAGCCCAAGGCAAACUACACAUUUACUCUGGAGCAAAAAAGAGCAAUUUGUGAAUGGGUAAAAUGUUUAAAGAUGCCAGAUGGAUAUGCUUCAAACUUGGCUAGAUGUGUUGACAUGAAGGAAGGAAAGUUACAUGGAAUGAAAAGUCCUGAUUGUCAUGUGUUCAUGGAACGCUUACUUCCAAUUGCUUUUAGCUCAUUACUAGAUCAAACAUGGAAAGCUAUAACCGAGCUUAGUCAGUUCUUUAGAGAUCUAUGCUCAACGUCAGUACGAGUAGAUGAUCUUAUUAGCCUUGAGAAAAAUAUUCCAAUAGUGAUAUGUAAAUUGGAACGCAUUUUUCCUCCGGGUUUUUUUGACUCAAUGGAACACUUACCCAUUCACUUACCAUAUGAAGCAAGAGUUGGAGGUCCAGUGCAAUAUAGAUGGAUGUAUCCAUUUGAGAGAUUUCUCCAUCACCUUAAAAAGAAGGUUAAAAAUAAGGCACGUGUUGAAGGAUCAAUAAUUGAGUCAUACCUUAUUGAGGAGAUUUCUCAAUUUUGCACAUAUUAUUUCGAGACAAGUGUGCAAUCCAACAAUACUAGCAUUGGAAGAACAGGGGGUGAUCAUGAUUUGGCACAAUCUUUAUUUCCCAUUUUUAAUUUGCCUGGUAGAUUUGCUGGUCAAUGCAAAAGUCGUUUUUUGGAGGAUAAGGAAUUUACUGCUGCCAUGAAUCAUGUAUUAAUCAACUGUGAUGAGAUUCAACCCUAUAUUGAGAUCUUUGCUGAGACACUACGAAAAACUCAUCCUAAUAUGAGCGAUGAACAUGCUGAUAAAUGCAUUGAAGAAAACUUUGCAGCAUGGUUAAAAGAAUAUGUUGACAAUCCUUCAAAUAAUGUGCUAGAUCCAAAUAUACAUGCUUUAGCAUGGGGUCCUUUAAGAAUUGUAAAAACAUGGCCUAUUUACUUUGUGAAUGGCUUCAAAUUUCACACGAAAGCACAUUCAAUUGGAAAGUCUACUAUGAAUUGUGGAGUGUGUGUUAAAGGUACGGGCUAUGGUGACUAUGAAAAUGACUUUUAUGGUCAACUUGAAGAAAUAGUUCAAAUUGAAUAUCCUGGAAUACCACUGAAGAAGGUUGUGUUGUUUAAAUGUGAGUGGUUUGAUCCUACAAUUGAUAGAGGAACAAGGCUUAAUAAACAAUAUGGAAUCAUUCAAAUUCGACAUAAUCGACAUUAUGGGAAGUAUGAUCCAUUUAUUAUUGCAGAUAAGGCAAUUCAAGUUUAUUUUGCUCCACAUCCAAUAUGCUCUAGGAUUAAUGCAGAUUGGUGGUUUGUAGUCAAAACAAAGGCAAGAGGUGUGAUUGAGGAUCAACAAGUUGAUGACUCUGCAUAUCAAGAGGAUUUUCUGGAUCAAAAUAUGGUUGGCAUCUCAGCUGACAUAGAUUUGCCUGCGACUUUACUAGAUGUUGAGGGAAGAUUUGAUGAGGUUGAUGACCAUGAGUUGAUAGUUAAUGAUGCCAUGGACAAGGAUGAUGAUGAUGACGAGGAGGAGGAGUGUUGGUCUAAUUGCCUUGGUUUGUUGGGUCUGUUUUGCUUGGGAGAAGCUAGAUUCAGAGGUAUGAUGUUUCAAGAGUGGAAAAAUUAUGCAAAAAAUUCUGAAUACAGGCCAAAGUACAUCCCUGAGCCAGUAUGGAAUCAAUUAAUACAUUAUUGGGCAUCUGAUAAAAAUUUUAAGAAUUUAUCAGUGGCAAACACUACAAAUCUUGCUUCAACUCAAGGUAGCUCCAUUCAUACUGCUGGUUCUAUAUCUAUGGGUGAGAAGGAACGUAGGAUGGAGAAUGAAACAGGAGUCAAGCCUCCAAUGGAGGAGGUAUUUGCUAUUUGCCAUAUCAGAAAGGAUAAGAAAUGGGUUGAUAGUAGAGCUGAGCAUGCCUAUAAGAGAAAAGCAGAGCUUUUGGAAAUAUCUAUGUCUCAAAAUCAAGAGGAAGAAGGAUUGUCUUCCGAAAGCCAUAAUAAUAUGCCAGAUGACUUGACUAUUUGGAAGGAAGUAGCUCCUAAAGGUAAAAAAGGAAAAUUAUAUGGUUUAGGUUCUAUAGGAACAAAUACUUCGAAGUAUACUAUUGGUUCAUGCUCGAAUGCCUUUAAGGAAAAAAACAUGGAACAAGAGCUCUUAAAAUGGAAAGAAAAGGUAAAAGAGCAAGAACGUAUAAACCAAGAGCAAAAACAAAAAUUAGAGCAGCAACAAAAAAGAAUUGAGUCAAAUGAAAGCAUGCUUGCAACUUUCUUUGAAAAGUUGAAUAUGCCAUUGCCUCCAAACUUUGCAUGUGCGACACCUAUGCAAGAUGAACCAAAUGAUGUUGGUGAAGCCUCUAAUGAAAACAAUGAUGAUAAUUUUGGAUUUGAAUGA